AUGACAAAACGAGUAUUUCUACUCAUCUUUCUCACAUUAUACUAUUGGAAAGGUGAAAGUUUCGCAUCUAGACUAAAAAGACAGAAAUUAUAUCCACCGCCGAUUGUUUAUCCAUUUGGGGGAACAUUCAAGCUCAUCGUGGGACUUGCAGUACCCGUAGAACUUUCAGGCAAGACUUUGGUAUACGGACAGAACUUUCAGUUCCAAUACGUCUUGCCGCAGAAUGCGACAUUCUUCACGGAGUUCUUCGAGAACGCGUUGUCGUCACGACGACGCCGUGAAAGUGUUAGCUGGGACGAAAGGAUGACUGUCUACAGACUUUUAGAGGAAGAGUUUGAGAGAAGAGGGACAGACGGAAAAGAGUGCAUGAGAAAAACAAUUUGCGAAGCAGCAAUUGCACCUUUGGAGAACGAAGGACUCGUAGGAGAAUUGUUGCAUCUUUUGCUUACGCCCACGCAAAAUAGUAAUUCAUCCUUAGAAUCUGAAUACCUACAAGCACUAGCAUUUGGACGAAAUAAUUACGAUUGUUCACAUAUUUACAAGUCAUGUAUUUCUGGUGAAGGAAUUUUGGAUCAUAUUUCAAAAAUCAUAUUAUAA